CGAGAAAAAUUUCUCGGCCAACUACAAAGAUGAAGAAGGCAUUACCCCAUUACAUGUAUGUUCUAUGUGACUUUGGGCUGCUAUCAAUAAUCAAUAUGCCAUGUGCAAGUUCUUGCUGGAUGCUGGUGCCGAUGUGAAUGCCAAAGGAGGAGAGUCAGUAGCCACUCCGGCGAUGUGGGCGGCGCAACGCUGUCACUACUAUAUCGUGCACCUUCUACUACAGCGCGGCGCAGAUCCUCUUCUUACCGAUGUCCAAGGCUACAAUAUUCUACAUCUUGCCACGAUUGAUGGAAAUGCAUUUCUUCUCGUGCUUCUUCUACAUCAAGAAAUACCGGUGGAUGUCCCCGACCAACAAGGUCACACAGGCCUCAUGUGGGCGGCGUAUAAAGGAUACCCUGCGUGUGUGGAUAUAUAUUUGCGCUGGGGCGCAAACGCCAAUGCUGUUGAUGACGGCGGACUUACCCCUCUGCAUUGGGCUCUGGUCAAGGGCUCUCUGCCCUGUGUCCAUAAGCUCAUAGAGUAUGGUGCCGAUAGGUUCGCAAAGACCCGGGAUGGUAAAACGCCAGUCACCGUAGCGAGCGAGAUGAAUUCGACGCGGGUAUGGUAUCGCGCUUUGGAUGAAUGUGGCUUCGAUUUCGACGGGAACACGAAGAUGCUGCCUAUGGGCCUGACGCCCUGGGUGCGGAGUAAGAAUGCCAUGUCGAAGUUCUUCUUUCUGUGGCCUUUCUUUAUGAUCUUCGUCGCUGUCUGGAUACUCAGCAAUUUGGUUGUAUUUCUUGCUGUUCCCCUAAUGCUGCUUACGGUUUAUGCAAUGCAAUGGAUGGCUCAAAAGGUUGCUAAUCAAGGCCCCUCGGAGUACCGAAUUCUUCAAAAGACGCCAUACCUGUCUGGGGUUUUUGCAGGUUCUCUUUUCUGGGUCGGCUUUAGAUACGCCUUUUAUUUGCUACCUGUGACGUAUUCUUUGUCACCGUUUUCGAACAUCUCCUUUACUGUGUUCUUUUCUCUGACAGCAUUUUUCUAUUUCUGCGCGAUGCUCGGAGAUCCGGGCUUCGUCCCAAAAAUGGGCAGUCGGAAUCAGCAACGAGCCGUAGUCACCGAACUCUUCGAGCUGUGGAAAUUCGAUGAAGAGAACUUUUGUGUUUCAUGUAUGAUUCGGAAGCCAUUACGAAGCAAGCAUUGCAAGCGCUGUGGACGAUGCGUCGCAAAGCAUGAUCAUCAUUGCCCCUGGAUCGACAAUUGUGUUGGAGCGAACAACUUGCGUCACUUUGUCUCGUAUAUCAUCUGCUUGGAAAUUGGCAUCAUCUUAUUCUUACGCCUGACAUUUACAUAUAUCAACGCUCUGCCGGCUCCCGUGAAUCCCAAAUGCAACGUCAUCAAUGACAAACUCUGUGAUCUCGUACUCCGUGACACGUUCACUCUAGUACUUGAUAUAUGGGUUGUCAUUCAGCUUGUCUGGAUAACCAUGCUUUGUGCCGUUCAGCUUGUUCAGAUCUCCCGAAACCAGACGACUUACGAGAACAUGCGUGGUCAUUCGAUUGACCGGAGUUAUCCAAGCUCACGAGCAUUUGCCUCAGCUUUGACUGCAGGUACAACCUCAUUAGAUGCAGCUGGCCUCUCGCCGGCCGGCCAAGGUCCCAACCCGGCUUUGGCGCAGAAUGCUUCUCACCGACACCAGAGGAAUGGCUGCCUGCAACAAUGGUCCUCUCUAUUAGGGAUCGAUACAUUUUUCGCAACGGCUCGAGACGGAUUGCGGGAUGGCCCACGUGCCGCUCGGCCUAAAAAUCCGUUUUCACGCGGCAUCGUCACCAAUUGUCAAGAUUUCUGGUGCGAUCCGGCUCCCUACUUUGGACGACGAGAGCCAGGUUCUGGUAUGCUCGGUGGUGAAAUUGUCAACUAUAACCGGAUGUAUGAGGCCCCAAUGCGGAUGCACAGUGGCGGGGCGUAUCGCAGCGUGGCCGACAAUGAUCUGGAGCAAAAUGCCUAGAUGACUUCGCACCUCCCCUAUUACUUAGCGAUAUAAGCCUGGCCUAAAACCAGACACUGUGACAUCUUUUCGGGAGGGGAGGAAGGGCGUAAAUCAACUGGCACGAAUUGUGUAUCAGGAUAUGCCUGUGCGAUUUGGUCGCGUGUGGCACUUGUUCCCUGGUGGCAAGUGUUCACCACAAUCUUCAUGUAUUAUGCUUGCACAUAAAUGAUAUAUUAUAGUAAUUUCUAUCCAUUCAUUCAUGCCAGUAACACACG